AGUAGAACUCUGAACUCCGAAAAGAAUAGUUUUGAAUUAUUCCGAUUAUGGAGAAACCGCCGAACAAUCUAUCCUCCCUCGUUGUGAUUCCGGAAACGAUGGAUGUGCCACCGAGUAGCCCGGCUCUAUCCGUCGUGCCUUUGGAGAUGUCCAAGUGGCCAUCGCUUCGCGGCCUGGUGUGCGAUUGGCAGGAUCUCGUCCAUCCAUCCACAGCCGACCGAAAUUCCGACACUUUCGACGAGUUUGACUGGUCAGACAAAGGCAAAGGGAAAAGUGCCUGCCUUGCUCGUUUCCUGUACAGCGACCAAAAUAAAUUCCGCAACGUCAAGCUUCUUUUAAUUUUGCUGGUUGGCAUUUUCUACGGGCUCCUCAUCAUGACCAUUCUCCAUUUCUCCAUCGGCUUCCCUAUCAAAAUUACGAGCGGCGUGGGCCUCGUCGUGACCAUAGUCGUUUCGUUGGUGUUGAUUUUCUGUUACGCCAGUCGCUGUAUUUUAUCGCUGGUGAUCCCUUCGCUGGGUACUAAGCAGGGCAAAACCAUUCUCAUUGCCAUAUUGGUAACCCAAUUAAUGUCGGGACCAGUAGGCAACUUGACGUACAAUCUCAAACAAAGUUCACACUCGUUGGCUUGCUUUAGCAACAUGACUGUGAACCAGACGCAAGACAUUAAAGAAGCCAUCGUAGUAUCGUUACACAAUUUCACCCAAAAUUUCACGACGCAUAUUCUCAAUCAAGUGAGAGAAGGCAGUGAAGCAGUUGGAGCUGUAGGCCAGACAGCAGUCAAUAUUUUGUGUAAGACAUUUCAUCUUCCAUGCGGAUGGAAUGUUCAAGUCAAGGAAGAAAUUAAAGAGGCGUUUAAGGAAGGCGUGGGUUACAAACAAAUCCGGGAGCAGAUGACAUCCACCAACAAAACCAUCCAAGAUGGCAAACACAAGCUCAACUUGAAACUGAAGAGCGUCAAAGAAGAAGUCGAAAACCACUUCCGGAAAUAUUUGAAUUUCGAUGUCCUUUUGAAAGUGGCCACCAUGCUCAGCUUGCUCUUCUUGUUAAUCUGCUGUUGGAUGUAUUACUUCCGGUUCCUGCACAUUUUAUCGUACGACAACGUGUACGCCACCAGGUUGUUGAAGCGAUACGAUCAGCAUUGCAGCGAACGCGGUAGCACUCAACUUUUCCCUCUGCGUCCCCGUGAAAAAGUCAAAAUUAUCGACUCGGUUUCUCUGUCAAUGUCCCAGUUGGAACGGAAAUCUUUGCUCAUUUCCCUAGUCCUCUAUCUGUUCCAGUGUGUCGUUACCGUUAUCUUGUAUGUGGCCGACUGGACCCUUUACACUUUCAUGGAGAUCAUCAUUCGAAAUGUCAACCAGAGCGACAGCAGCAGUUGGAACGAAACGGCCACUUUCCGGGUGGAUUCCAUCAACUUCGAACUCAAUAUCCCGUUUUCCUUUGAUGCCAAACAGUGUUUGGUCGUCCCUAGUAAGGUGUCGGAGAAAAGCGUGAUUAUCCUGAUCGUCGUUUACAUUAUUUUAGGAUUAGCCGUUCUGUCUCAAGCGUACUGCCUCCGAUUCCGCCACGCCAUUGUCGCCUAUUUCUAUCCGGAAAGGAACAGUGAGCGUAUUCAGUAUUUGUACAAUAAGCUGUUGAGGAAGAGAGAGAGAGCCAAAAUGACGUUGAAGUUCCAGUUUCCCUUCCGCAAGGCCAAUUCCGUCAAAAUCAUAAGAAUCGCUACUGUCCCGCCUGCUGUACCUGCAGCAGCGGACCCGGGUUCUCGUAAGACAGUCAAGCAAAGCUGCUUAAGUGUAGUGCGCAAAUUAGGGUUAUUUCGUCGCUAUUGCUUUGUUUGCGGAUUGGCGGAGAAUUCCAAUUUCCAGAAAUGCAAUAAUUUUCCCGUUUGCUUGUGUAUGUAUUGCCCCUGUUGUUUCGAUGACAGGAAUAAUACUUGUCUGGUUUGCGACGAGUAAUUUUUCAUUUUCAAAUUAAAUAAACGAUUCGUUAUUAUUCUCAAUAAAAACCAUUUUC